AUGUUGAUAUUACAGGAUGGAAGGACACCAUUAAUGUGGGCCGCUGUGGGAGGACAUCUGGAGGUAGUGACGUACCUCGUCACUCACGGCAGUCAGUUAGAGGCCACAGACAGGUUGGGAAGGACACCAUUAAUGUUGGCGGCUGUGGAAGGACACCUGGAGGUGGUGACGUACAUCAUCAGUCACGGCAGUCAGUUAGAGGCUACAGACACCUGGAUUGGAAUGACACCAUUAAUGUGGGCCACUAUGGGAGGACAUCUGGAGGUAGUGACGUACCUCGUCAGUCACGGCAGUCAGUUAGAGGCCACAGACGAGGAUGGAGAAACAGCUUUACAUUGUGCUGCUAAGUAUGGACGGAUUGAUACAACAAAAUGGUUAAUAGAUCAAGGAUGCAGUCCUUGGAUGAAAUCAAAAAAGGUAACAUUCAGUGUUCAUUCUUAUUCUGUAUCUUUAUUAACAAAAAAUGUAUACAUUUUAAAUUGAUAUAUAGGACAAAAUUUCACAUGAUAUUAUGUGAACCAAGUAUUUAACAUGGAGGAGUCAUCUGAUUUACCAUUAAUCAAACCAACCCACAAUCC